AUGAUUGGUGGCGGCAGACACAUGGCUUCGCGCCGAAGGGGAUCAAGCCCUAUAAUUCGGGGGUUGAGUAAUGUAGAUGUUCAUGAAACAAUACAAUCUAAAACAGGAGUUUCACCAAGAAGAAGACGUGCUGUGGCUGUAGGAGAUCACAAGUCAUGUGCUUUAAUUCAAACCAGAUUAAAAUUAGGAGAGUUAGUAUUGGCAGCGGCUCAGGAGGCUGCAAUAGCUGGGCAAUCUUCAAGCGGUCGACAAUUGGAUCGCAAAUUUGCGUUUCACUCAGCUGAUAAAAUGGGAGUUCCAAAAGAUCAAGGUCCACCGAACAGUGGUCCUACAUCACUGUUUAUCCUUUCUGAAGAAAAUCCAAUAAGACGUUACACAAAUUUUAUUAUCGAAUGGCCGCCCUUCGAGUACGCUGUUCUUUUGACAAUCAUAGCAAAUUGCGUAGUUCUAGCAUUGGAAGAACACUUGCCAAAUGGUGAUAAGACGAUAUUGGCACUUAAAUUGGAAAAAACGGAAGUAUAUUUCCUGGCCAUCUUCUGUGUAGAAGCAUCCCUUAAGAUCCUUGCCUUGGGUUUUGUGAUGCAUAAAAACUCAUACCUCAGGAAUAUUUGGAACAUAAUGGAUUUUUUCGUUGUAGUAACAGGGUUCUUGACAGUCCUCCCUGAUGAUUGGGUAGGUCUAGGAGGCUUAGAUCUCAGAACGCUGAGGGCCAUAAGAGUUUUAAGACCCUUGAAAUUAGUGUCUGGAAUUCCUAGCUUACAAGUAGUAUUGAAAUCGAUUAUUAAAGCUAUGGCACCUUUACUUCAAAUUGGCGUUUUGGUCUUAUUUGCAAUCGUUAUAUUUGCAAUUAUAGGACUUGAAUUUUAUUCUGGUGCUUUGCACAAAAGUUGUUAUAGUUUAGAGGACAUAAAAGAAUUAUUCAAAGAAGGGGACUUUCCAGUUCCCUGCAACGCAGAUAAUAAAACCAUAGCACCGGCUGGCGCAUACACGUGUAACUAUAAUGAAAGUACAUGUAUAGAGCAAUGGGAAGGACCGAAUUAUGGCAUUACAAGUUUUGAUAACAUAGGAUUUGCUAUGUUAACGGUUUUUCAAUGCAUUACAAUGGAAGGUUGGACUGCAAUAUUAUAUUGGACGAACGAUGCAUUAGGUUCAACAUUCAAUUGGAUUUAUUUUGUGCCCCUCAUCGUUUUGGGUUCAUUUUUCAUGCUUAACCUAGUUCUUGGUGUUCUCAGCGGAGAAUUUGCUAAGGAAAGAGAGAAAGUAGAAAAUAGACAAGAGUUUUUAAAGUUGAGACGACAACAACAAUUGGAAAAAGAGCUUAAUGGUUAUGUUGAGUGGAUUUGUAAAGCUGAGGAAGUAAUAUUAGCCGAGGAAAGAACCACAGAAGAGGAACGAAUGCACAUAAUGGAAGCCCGACGUAGAGCUGCAGCAAAACGUAAAAAGCUCAAAAACUUAGGAAAGUCAAAAUCAACCGACACUGAAGAAGAAGACGUUGAUGACGACUGUGGAGAUGAUGGCAACAUGCUUUCAAAGAAAGAGCUAACAACUCCAAUGCUUUUAGAAUUUCUGUACUCAGCAAGAUGUUUUCUAAAGUCUAAAGUGAAAACAUCUGGAAGAUGUCAAAGCUUUUGGCGUGCUGAAAAACGUUUGAGAUUCUGGAUAAGACAUACAGUUAAAACUCAAUGGUUUUAUUGGUUCGUUAUUGUGCUCGUAUUUUUCAAUACUGUCACAGUUGCUGCUGAACAUUAUGGUCAACCGGAUUUCCUUACAGAGUUUCUACAUGUUACUGAAUUCGUAUUUCUAGGAUUAUUCAUGAUGGAAAUGUUUAUCAAAAUGUAUGCGUUGGGUCCUCGAAUCUAUUUUGAAUCAUCCUUCAACCGUUUUGAUUGUGUCGUCAUAAGUGGAUCAAUUUUUGAAGUAAUCUGGUCAACAGUGAAGGGUGGAUCCUUUGGGCUAUCGGUUCUUAGAGCCCUUCGUUUACUCCGAAUAUUCAAAGUUACCAAAUAUUGGUCGUCUCUUAGAAAUCUCGUCAUAUCUCUGCUCAAUUCAAUGAGAUCUAUCAUUUCACUGUUGUUCCUUCUGUUCUUGUUCAUUCUCAUUUUUGCUCUUUUGGGAAUGCAACUUUUCGGUGGUCAAUUCAAUUUUGCUGAUGGAACACCUCCAACAAACUUUAAUACAUUUCCAAUAGCUUUGUUGACUGUUUUUCAAAUUCUUACCGGGGAAGAUUGGAAUGAAGUUAUGUAUUACGGAAUAGAAUCACAAGGUGGACAUUCUGAAGGGAUGAUUUAUUCAUUAUACUUUAUAGUUUUAAUGUUAUUUGGUAAUUACACACUGCUAAAUGUCUUCUUGGCUAUCGCUGUUGAUAAUUUGGCCAACGCUCAAGAACUUACAGCUGCUGAAGAAGAACAAGCAGAAGAAGACAAAGAAAAACAGCAAAUGGAAUUGGAUAAAGAGAUGGAAGCAUUACAAAACCCUGAUUUAUCACCGUCACAAGGAAGUUUACCAACAGAUUCAGCUCAUAAAAAACAUCACAAAAAGAAAGACGAGAAGAAAGAAGAAGAGGAAGAAAUACUUGAGGGUCCAAGACCUAUGUUGCCCUACUCAUCUAUGUUUAUAUUAUCACCAACAAAUUUCAUUCGUAGAGGAGCCCAUUGGGUUGUCAACUUGAAGUAUUUCGAUUUUUUCAUAAUGAUUGUUAUAUCAUUAUCAUCAAUUGCACUCGCUUGUGAAGAUCCGGUCGAUGAAUACUCAGAAAAAAACAAACUUCUUAACUAUUUUGAUUACGGAUUUACUUGCGUAUUCACGAUAGAGUUGAUACUUAAAGUUGUUGAUUUGGGUGUCAUUCUCCAUCCUGGAAGCUACUUACGUGAGUUCUGGAAUAUUAUGGAUGCUGUAGUUGUUGGAUGUGCGGUUGUGAGCAUUGGUUUUUCUAUAGUUGGUCAUGGUGAUAGCGAAAUGACGAACAAUCUUUCAACCAUUAAAUCAUUACGUGUUCUUCGAGUUCUACGACCCCUCAAAACUAUCAAACGUGUUCCAAAGUUAAAGGCAGUGUUCGAUUGUGUCGUUAACUCUUUAAAAAAUGUUAUAAAUAUUCUUAUUGUGUACAUACUUUUUCAAUUUAUCUUCGCUGUCAUUGCUGUUCAAUUAUUCAAUGGGAAGUUUUUUUGGUGUACAGAUGAAAGCAAACAUACAGAAAAAGAUUGCCAGGGAUCAUACUUUAUAUUCGAUAAUGAAGAAAUGCUUCCGAGGCAAGAAAAACGCAUUUGGGACAACCAAAAUUUUCAUUAUGACAAUGUCGCUACCGCAAUGUUAACAUUAUUUGCUGUACAGACCGGUGAAGGGUGGCCACAGGUACUUCAAAACUCAAUGGCCGCUACUUACGAAAAUCGUGGUCCAAUUCAAAACUUUCGUAUCGAAAUGUCCAUUUUCUACAUUGUCUAUUUCGUCGUUUUUCCAUUCUUCUUUGUUAACAUUUUCGUGGCCUUGAUUAUCAUAACAUUUCAAGAACAAGGCGAAGCAGAAUUGCAGGAUGGAGAAAUAGAUAAAAAUCAAAAAUCGUGUAUAGAUUUUACAAUCGGCGCAAGACCAUUGGAGAGGUAUAUGCCAAAAGAUAGAAACAGCUUCAAAUACAAAGUGUGGCGAAUUGUAGUAUCGACACCUUUCGAAUAUUUCAUCAUGAUGCUGAUCGUAUUCAAUACCCUUCUUUUGAUGAUGAAAUAUCAUCAACAAAGCAAAAAUUACGAAAAAUCACUGAAAUAUCUCAACAUGGGAUUUACUGGAAUGUUUAGUGUAGAGACUAUACUAAAGAUUAUUGGAUUUGGUGUAAAGUUCCAUGAUGCACCGCCAUUAUUGAUUGAUAUCUUGACCUACAUGAAUUUGGUAUUUACUUCAUUCUUUUUACUGGAGACGAUUUUAAAGCUAAUGGGCUUUGGAUGUAAGAACUUUUUCAAAGAUCCUUGGAAUGUUUUCGAUUUUAUAACAGUAAUUGGAAGCAUCAUCGACGCUCUCGUUUUAGAACUUGGUCAAGAAAACUCAUUUAAUGUUGGCUUUUUGAGGCUCUUUCGAGCUGCACGCUUGAUUAAACUUCUACGACAAGGAUACACAAUCAGAAUUCUACUAUGGACUUUUGUUCAAUCAUUCAAAGCGCUGCCAUAUGUCUGCUUAUUGAUAGCAAUGUUAUUUUUUAUUUACGCUAUAAUUGGAAUGCAGGUUUUUGGAAAUAUAGCUCUCGAAGCUGGUGGUGGCUUAACUCGUCAUAAUAACUUCCGCACUUUCGUGCAAGGGUUAAUGUUACUAUUCAGGUGUGCUACAGGCGAGUCGUGGCCGAACAUUAUGCUAGCAUGUCUUAGGGGUAAACCAUGUGAUCCGAAUGCAAAAAAAGAUGGUGAUUCAUGUGGAUCUUCACUUGCGUACGCAUAUUUCGUAUCAUUCAUCUUCUUUUGUUCAUUUUUGAUGUUGAACUUAUUCGUUGCUGUUAUUAUGGACAAUUUUGACUAUUUAACAAGAGAUUCUAGUAUAUUAGGAGCUCAUCAUCUAGAUGAGUUUGUUAGAAUAUGGGCCGAGUAUGAUCCAAAUGCGACCGGCAAGAUCCACUACACCGAAAUGUAUGAUAUGUUAAAAAAUAUGGAUCCUCCCCUAGGAUUUGGUAACAAAUGUCCGAAUCGGCUUGCCUAUAAAAAACUGAUUAGAAUGAACAUGCCCAUGGAUGCAGACGGUAAAGUGAAUUUCACGACUACCUUGUUUGCAUUAAUUCGUGAAAAUCUAAGCAUAAAAAUGAGAACUGCGGAAGAAAUGGACCAAGCAGACUUAGAACUUAGAGAAACUAUUACACACAUUUGGCCUUUACAAGCAAAGAAGAUGAUAGAUCUUCUCGUGCCAAAAAGUGGAGAGUUAAACGCUGGUAAAUUAAGUGUUGGUAAAAUAUAUGCAGGCCUUUUAAUCUUGGAAUCGUGGAGAAAUACCAAGUUUGGCCAAUUAGAGACUGACGCAGCGAAACCAUCACUGUUCACAACCAUAUUAGACAUGGCAGCAUUAGAAAAAACAGGAUCACGCGCUGGUUCAUUAAGCUUAGAAAAUGAAAAUGUCAGCUCACAAACGCACCUUCUAUUCAAUCAUCAUCAAAAUGGUGAAUUAGAUCAUACUAGUUUGGCAAGUUUGGCAAGACGCACCACAAUGAAAAAGCGAUCUUUCAGGAAAACGGAUUUACAUGGUGAUACAUCAAGACAUGCAUCAAUGGAAUCUCUUACUGGUGAUAGGCACCUCCACCCUGGUAGAUCAUAUAAUAUUCAUAGGAGAUCUCCCAGUUUGAGGCAAUAUAGAUUAUUUAAUUUCUUGUUGAUUAAUUUUCUAAUAGCUCAUACUUGUUUUAUUAUCUCUAGACGAGACCAGUCAGCAUUAGUACGAACACCAAGCCCUAGAAGACAUUUACAUCACGAUAUCGGAUUUUCAGAUACGGUUUCAAAUGUAGUUGAAAUCGUAAAGGAGGAACACAGAAGAGGUAGACCUUAUGGACAUGGCCAUAAAUAUAAUAGAGGUUCUUGGUCAGCAUCAACGAGUCCUGCUCGUUCCCCAUCUUCGCCACGUUCACGUUACACGAAUGGUAUUCAUAGUUCUUCACAUCAAAGGAAUAUUCGACAAAAUCAACUUUUCUAUAAAGGAUAUGGUACUACUAGUUUAAUGCAAAGAUCUCGAUCGCCAAGUCCAGCUAGAGUACAAGAGAUGCAUGACAGGAAUCGUUAUUAUAGAAAUGAAAUGGGUACACAUUCAUUUAUUUUUAUUCUUACACACAUUUUUUUUAUUCAUAUUCAUUGGAUAUAUAUCUUAUCUUUCAUGACAUAUCUAUUUAUCUGAUUGUAUAUUUUUAAUGUUACAUUCAUGACACCAUUAUUUCAAGAAUUUUUCAAUGAAAUUUUUACUGACAACUUUUCAAAAUUUACAAUUUUAGGUCAUCCAGGACAUGUAAGUCAACAUAGCUAUCCAGUUUUAAUGACUCGUCGCGGCGGUCAAGGAAGACGUCUACCACCAACACCAAAUAAGCCAUCAACAUUAAAACUUCAAUCGACAAAUAUAAACUUUCCCAAAUUAAAUGCAAGUCCAACGCGUUUGCAUUCAGCUCACAAUACACCCCAUAGUGUUCAAUCUUUACCACACUCUAGAGAAUUUCUUCAUGGUGAUCAUCGUGAUAUGUAUUUUAGAGGAAGAGAUAGAUAUCGUGAUUAUAGUCACCGCUAUGAAUUCCGUGAUCGAGAAAGAGAAGCAUAUGAGCGGGAGCGUGAACUCGAACGUGAGCAUGAACGAGAGUAUGAAAGAAUGGAACAUUCAGUACCGUUAUCAUAUGAACAAGCAUUGACAAUGGGACGUACAGGCCGAAUUCUUGGGUCACCGAUUCUCAAUGGUGGCUAUAAGUCAAAAGGACUUCAUGCACGACACUCAGAUUCUGAUGAAGAGGACUGGUGCUAGCAAAACUCAAACAAACAAACAGAAAUUAAAGAUCAAAUUUGGGUUUAGAUAUCUAAAAGUGUCAAACAUUAAAAACCAAGAAUAAGAGUUUAUAUAGUGAAUAACAAGAAAAUAUCUAACUAGAAGAAAGGUAAUGCAAAAAAUAUGAGGCUACAUUAAAAUAAUGAAAAUUAAUAGUGUAAAUGAUGUUUUCGUAAGGUCCUUACUCGUCCUGAAUUGAAUAAUUAAUUAUAAUAAAUAGAUGUUUUUCAAAAACAUUUAAUACGGCGAUGAAAAAAUUGUAGCUGGAAUAAAAAAGAAACUUUUUAAAACCCAGUUCGAAAUAUAAGCUAGAUAAAGCAGAUCGAAAUAUAUAAAGUAAAUUAAUAAUGAAACUUUUUACUAGCGAAAAUUGUGUGUACCUCUCAAAUAGUUCACAUUUCCUCAAGAUAAAAUAGAUUUACAGCUUUGCAAAAAAAAAUACUUAGCUUUAUUUAAUUUACAACAUUAUUCUACAUACAUACAUUAAGAAAGUUCAACAUGUAAAACGAUACACGAAGCUUGAAAGACAAAUGUUUCUACAUAGAAUUAUGAAAUUAAACGAUCAACCGAUAAAAUGAUAAAGAUUCGAAAAAUUUCUAAAACAAUGAAAGAUGAUUAAGAUAACGUACGUAUAAGAGAAUAAAAUCCCAAUUAAAUACAAAAUUUUUGAUAAAACAUUUUCUCUCUAAAACAUUUUUUCUCAUUCAUAUGAACUUUCACAAUUUAAAUAAAAAAAAGGUCGUUUGCUGUUUUGUUUGCUGUAAGUUAGAUUCUUAAACUGAAAAUUAUAGCGUUUUUAAUUUCAAUUUAGUUUUUCUGAAUAAACUUCUAGUGACAAUUAAUUUAUUGCUUAAACAGUUAACUUUACGUUAUUUUAUUGAAAUUAAAAAUAUUCAUUGAGUUAGAAAAACCCUUUUAAACAAAAAGAAUA